AUGCUCGCAAUCUCACCUUUGAGGAGUAGGAAUGAUGAUGACAGAGGGGGAGGGUCGGCCGGUGACUUCUCAGCGCUGGGCAGCGGGGGGGCCGACAAUUUCUCCGGGGACUUCUCGGCGGGAGACUUGCUGGAGAGCAUCGACUUCGAUGACUUGUUCGUGGGGUUCGACGACGGUGACACCCUGCCGGACCUGGAACUGGACCCCACGGAGAUGCUCGCCGAGUUCUCCGUCGGCGGCGGCGAGGACUCGGGGACGACGACGGCCUCCAGGAGCACCGGAGAUCAAGAUCUAGAGAGAGCCGACGAGAACGAGAAGAGGGAGGCCGAAGAGGACGAGAAGCAAUCGAGUAACACCGGUGGCGCGGCUCCAAACGACGACGGUCUAGCGGUCUCGGCGGGGAGCUCAUCCUCGCCGGAGGCCGAUAAGGGUCGCAAGUCAUCGGGCUCGCAGGCGAAGAGCACCCAAGGAAAACGGAAAAUGAAGGUUGGUAAACACCUCCAAGGAAAGAAACCAUCUGUCGGAUUACCAGAGCUCGUCCGCUACAUUUAUACACCCCCUGGUGGCGCCGCCGCUGCCCAUCCAUCACCCUCCGAAUCGAAACUCGGAAAUAGAUGGUUUCAUCGCGUAGAAUUCCUCGACCGAUGCUCAGCGGGGAGACUUACUUAUCAGACGAACUUGCCCGUCCUCUUCCGUCCUCGUUUCUGUCCUUCCUCCGCUGCCCGUCCUCACACUCUUUAUCGGGUAUUUCGCAGGUGGAUUGGACGCCGGACCUGCACCGGAGAUUCGUUCAAGCAGUGGAGCAGCUUGGGGUGGACAAGGCGGUGCCUUCCCGGAUUUUGGAGCUAAUGGGGAUCGAUUAUCUCACCCGGCAUAACAUCGCCAGCCAUCUUCAAGUAAAACCCCUCUCCAUCAUCCCUCCCUGAUGAUAUCUGAUUAGGUUGCAGUACGCUUUUAGUCUCGGUUCUAUCAGUUGUUCAUCCAUAUUCUGCGAUAUCCCUUAAUAGGUUCUCAGUCCCGCCGUCAUUCGUCUAAAUGACUCCUAUCAAGGAAUAAAGUUCCCGGAGUUCUCCGAGGGUGACGAAUUAUCUUCGAAAAUGUUCUUUGUUUCGCGGGGAACUAGGCAUGCAAAUCACAGAACUAUCGUUCAUCAUUGAUUCGAUUUGUUUUCUUUCUUUUUUCUCAGAAAUAUCGAUCCCACCGGAAACAUAUGCUGGCAAGGGAAGCGGAGGCGGCGAGCUGGAGUCAGCGCCGACAGAUGUACAGCGCCCCACCGGCCGGGGGAGGAACCAAGAGGGAGGUGACGCCGUGGCCGGCGCCCACCUUGGGCUUCCCCCCUCCCGCUCAGGCCUUCAGGCCCCCUCUACACGUCUGGGGGCACCCCACCGUUGACCACUCGAUAGUUCACAUGUGGCCCAAGCACGCAGUCCCAGCACGGUCUCCCCCGCCGCCGCCGUGGUCUCCCCAGCCGCCGCCGGACCCUUCGUACUGGCACCACCCACAUUAUCGCAGGGUAAGCUUCCUCCCCCGCUUGCAACCGCAUGAACAGAAUAAAGACACUGUAUUUCAGCUCCACAUUUUGCCUCCACAAUUCUAAUCCAGUACAUUUCUUCUCUGAUGAUCUUGUUUCCCCAGGGCUUGAGAGAAGGUUGGGUUCCGAACGCGUUGACCCAGGGAACUCCAUGCUUCCCCCAGCCAAUGCCGCCGGCGGUAGCGUCUCUACCCUCUGACUCAUCACUCUUCUUUUUAACGAGUGAUCCUCGUUGACUCUGAUAUCCCACGAAAUAAUAUGCAGAGAUUCAUGGUUCCGCCGGUCCCCGGAAUCCCUCCCCACCCCAUGUACAAGCCAGACGGCGCCGCCCCUCCUCCGGCGAGGCACGGAGGCCCUCCCGUCCAGGUCGAGCCCCACCCCGUAAGUACUCUACUCUUUCUUCCUCCUCCCUCGUCUGUCCAGCAUCAGAACCCUAACCCUAACCCUAACUGUUGACUUUCUGUGAUCUUCUUCAGUCGAAGGAGAGCAUCGACGCGGCCAUCGGGGACGUUCUGGCGAAGCCAUGGCUGCCGCUGCCCCUGGGGCUGAAGCCCCCGUCCCUGGACAGUGUGUUGACCGAGCUGCAGCGGCAGGGGGUCUCCAAGAUCCCCCCCUCCAGCGCCUGA